AUGACGGAUGGGGUUGCUGAAGUCGUGGCCGUGGAACUGGCGGUGACGCUCUGCGAGGUGAAGGUUGCUGUCGAGGAGAAAGUAGUGCUGGCGGUUGUCGUACUGUCAAAUUCUGUAGAUACACUAACUGUUGGAAGAUUCUGCGUGUUGGUUGAGGUGAGGGUUGCCGAGGAGCUAGACGUUGAUACUGAUGAGGUGCUUGAUGAGGUGCUUGAUGAGGUGCUUGAUGAAGAACCUGACGAAGAGGUCAACGAAGAGCCCGGCGAAAGGCUGGAAGUUGACGUAGACGAAAUAAUCGCAGUAGUGGAUGAAGUCAAAGAGGAGGUUGGUAAAGAGCUAGUGGUGCUGGCAGAGAUUGUAGACGCGCUUGUAAACGUUGCUGUUAAAGAAGAGCUCGAUAAGGUGCUUGAGGAAGAGCUGGACGAAAGGGUGGACCCUGACACAGACAGGGGGCUGGCAGUACUGGAUAAAAUCGAAGAGGAAGAAGUUGACGAAGAGCUAGUGGUGCUGCUAGCACUUGAAGAUGAGCUUGAUGACAAGCUCGACGAGGAGCUGGACGCUGAAGUAGACGAACGGCUCGCAGUAAUGGAAGAAGUCGACGAGGAGCUAGCGGUGCCGCUAGUGGCAGCAGUCACUGAUGUCGACAAGGUUGCCGAAGAUGAGGUUGUCAACCUGGAGGUUGUCGAAGACGAGGUUGUCCGACUGCUUGUCGAAGUAGACGUAGUUGAAGACGACGUCGUACGGCUUGUGACCGAAGUGGAGCUAGUCGACGUGCCACGAGUAGUUGCCGACCUCGAGGUCGACGAACUCGAAACGGCAUCACAAGCCCCAAAAAGGGUCUGGCAACCCGUGCCGCAGUAG